AUGUUGCGAUGGCUAUUGGUUCAAAAUAGACAAGGAAAGACUCGAUUAGCAAAAUUCUACGUCCCAUUCGAUGACGAUGAAAAGGUUCGAUUGAAAGGAGAGGUACACCGAUUAGUAGCACCGCGCGAUCAGAAAUAUCAAAGUAACUUUGUCGAAUAUCGUAACUACAAGGUUGUCUAUCGGCGUUACGCUGGUCUCUUUUUCUGUGUUUGCAUUGAUGCAAAUGACAAUGAAUUGGCAUAUCUCGAAGCUAUUCAUCUUUUCGUUGAGGUGUUAGACUCCUUCUUUGGCAAUGUGUGCGAACUAGAUCUCGUCUUCCAUUUCUACAAAGUCUACGCAAUUUUGGACGAAAUCUUCCUAGCGGGCGAGAUAGAAGAGACUAGCAAGAUCACAGUGUUGAAUCGACUGGAUCAACUCGAACGACUUGAAUGA